AUGGAUUCUGAUAUUUGUAGGGAUAUGUCUACAACAAAUAUCACUUUCAUAGUUGACUUGGAUGUAACAAGGGAUGAUUUGAUUAUCAAGGUUCGUGUCAUAAACCAUUGGAAGGAGAUGUCUUUCUACAACAAGAAUGAAAUAUGGUCCAUUGAAUUAAUCUUGGUCGAUGAACAAGGGAGCAAAAUACAAGCAUCUGUCCCUGAAAAAUUCCUCUAUCAAUUAAAAAAAAUUAAAAGAUGGGAAGAAACCGUUGUUAAAGAAUGUACCCAAUUUAGUGGGCCUAAAUUUGGUUUUUCUUUUGUUGAUUUUCAAUCUGUGUUGUCAAUGGUUCAUCCUCAAAAUUUGUCACUCGAUGUUAUUGGAUUGGUUGUUGUUGUUGGGGAAAUGGCAAGAGAAAGCAUUGAUAAUUCCAAACACAAGAUUCACAUCCAUAUCCAGAAUGAAAAUGGUUUGGAAAUAUGUUUGGUUUUGUGGGGUGAUUAUGCGUACCGGAUGCAAGAGUAUAUACAAGACAAUCCACACAAUCUUCAAAUCAUUGUUAUACUUCAGCUUGCACAAAUUAAUACCAACAGUUUGUCUAAACUGAAGAGUGUGUGGGAAAACACACGGGAAUAUCUGUCAGAUGGAAUUCUUUAUACUCAACAACAGAGAUUAAAGUCUCCAGAACAAAUUUUACUCCGAAACAACACCAGUCUCAAGAACUAUAGAAGGAUGCCUUACCCUGAUGCUAAUUCAGUUUCAUCUUCAAACAAUCGUCUGAUAACUGAGGAACUCGAUUAUCACAUACCAAAUUUAAAGAAUGAGUUUGAUCGUCUUUUUGUUUCAUUAACAGACGAGCAACGCAACAUUUUCCUUGAUAUCAUGACUACGGUUAAAGAUAAUAAGGGAGGUGUAUUCAUUAUUUAUGGUUAUGGUGGAAAGGGUAAGACAUUUCUUUGGAAGACAAUUUCUGCAGCCAUUAGAUCCGAAGGUGAGAUUGUUUUAAAUGUAGCUUCAAGCGGGAUCGCUUCAUUAUUAUUGACUGGAGGCAGGACAGCACACUCUCGGUUUAUAAUACCCAUUAAUCUUAACGAGGAUUCUUACUAUAGAAUAAAUCCAGAUAGUGAUCUUGCCAAUUUAGUAAGAAAAACCUCAUUGAUCAUCUGGGAUGAAGCACCUAUGGUACACAAGCAUGCAUUUGAAGCUUUAGAUCGAACUUUGAUGGAUAUAUUAUGGCGUUUCAAUCCUACGAACUCGAAUACUCCAUUUGGAGGAAAGUGGUUGUUUUUUGAGGUGAUUUCAGACAAAUUCUGCCUGUUGUUUUGGGUGGCAGUAGACAAAACAUUGUUAAUGCUUCUUUAA